AACACAUUUAUUCAAAAAAACAAUGACAUGGUUAAUGAAUUAAUACAAGUAUUCUUUUACCGUUUAUGUUUAGGACUCUUCGGUUAAGGCAUUCAACAUGUUUUACGCUCAGCAUAUAGGGCCGAAAAAACCCAAGAAAUUGCCUUGGUACGGAAGAUGGUCAAACUGUCUCCUCAUUCUGUUGACCACAUUGUUCAUGCUUCUAGGUCUCGGACUGGCGGCUGUUGGUAUAGUGAUGCUCGUACUCAACAAGGUUCUAAGCAGAGAUGAGAUCAAGGCCUUGCUGAAUGAAACGCAGUUCAACGGCAACCUGAAAGUGGGAAAUGUACUCGGCAGUUUGCCAUUGCUCAGUAUAUGUGUGGGUGUGGUAGUUUUCUUUCUUGGAAUAUUUGCUUGUUGUGGAAGAGGCCAUAGAAACAGAAUUUGCCUGACAGUGUUCUCGGUCUUCGUGUUGUGGUUUCUUAUUGUGCAAAUUUUGACGUGUGCCAUGUGGGUUGUUAUGCGAGACAAGUUUGAAGAAAAUGAUGUGAGAACCGAUCUGCAAACAUUGUUUGUACAAUAUGAAGGAGUCCAAUCGGAUGCAACAAAGGCUGGGAACCUCCCUUCAUCUGAUGUAAGUACUUAG